GCUCACGCUACAAUUCGUGUCUUUAGACUCGCGUCGCUGCACACUGUAUACGCCUUUCUUUCCCUCUCAUUUGCCGCAUAGGGGCUCUUCGUUCUCUGAGUUGGGUUGAAUUGGGUACAACUGUGGGGUUGCUUGCGCGAUCACGACGUGGGUUUGAGCAGGUUGUGGCUUAUGGUUGAUUUAACUCGUCGACUUAUUUGGAUCUGCCUUUGAUGUGAACUGUACAUGUGUGGGUGAAGUGGCUGGAUAAUCGGAUAUGUGCAUUUGAUAUAUUAGAAGACAUAUACAAUGAGUUACGGGUAUCCCAACCAGGGGCCUUCCCCGGCAUACAACACCUAUUUUGACGAUGGUGAGCCCCUGUUUACCUCCCCACCAGAGGAGCACCGUUCAAGCAUGAGAAACCCUUCAUACAAUCAUACCACGAGCAUGUUCGGAGCACCUCCCAUGGGAGAGCCGUCCGAGCCAAGCGCCCACCCUGACAACAAAACUGCCGCAACACAGACGGCAGGGACUACUCCCGUCGUAGCUGCGGCGCCAGUGAACAUGGGCGAACCAUCUGUGGAUGGAUUGAGCCGGCAACCAAGCGGAGCUUUCGAGAGUUCUCACAUGGGUGGGGUUGAUGGGGGUUUACCCCAGCAAUCCAGCACUGGCUGUAAUCCGUCAACAGGAAUUGAUACUGCUCAUGGGCCUUUUAGAGACGCUACUCAUACUAGUGACUCUCACACAUACCAUUACCAAGCGCCUCCUCCUCAGCAGGCUGCGCCUGGCGCGGUUCCAGCGGGAACUCAGCCUGGAAGUCCUUACGUGCAGACCCAAUCUGUUCCGGCUGGAGGAUCCAGUCAAAUGAACACGAUUGUGGAGAGUUUCAACAAGUACAUGGCGAAAGCAGAAAACAUUGCAGGAAAUAUUUGGAGCCACAUGAAGACGGGUCCAUCAGUCACAGAUGCAGCCCGAGGAAGGAUGAGUCAAGGAAUCAAGCUGAUACAAGAAGGCGGUUUCGAAGGAGUCUAUAAAUCCACUUUUGGAAUGGACGUAGGAGAGCAGCUUCGCAAGACUUACGCCUGUUAUUUAUCCACCUCUACGGGUCCUGUGGCUGGCACUCUUUACAUCUCCAAUUUGAAGUUCUCAUUCUGUAGUGAUAGACCCCUAGCCUAUGCUCCUGCUACUGGUCAGCAAGCUUGGAGUUACUACAAGCUGGUUGUCCCAUUAGACAAAGUGAAGGAGGUUAUUCCAUCAUUUAACGAGAACAGACCUCAGGAGAGAUAUAUUCAGGUUACGACGCAGGACGAUCACGACUUCUGGUUUAUGGGAUUUGUGAAUUACGACAAAGCUGUCAUGAACAUGCAACUGGCGCCCAGACACAUCGGAGAGAUUGAUCCUAAUGGCGGACUGAAGGCGCCCUGGGCAGGAAUAUCGAUUCCAGGAAUGAAGAAAACGGCUGCUCAUUCAUCUCCUCCAAGAGGACCUAGCUACAACCCAUCCACCGGUGGGACAGCAAACUAUUACCCUAAUGCACCCAAUCCUUACACAUCGAAUCAUUAGGUGUAAGUCAAGGAGGUUAUUGUACAAGAGGUCUUAAGGUAGGGUUACUUGUUUAUAGAGGUGUUAUCCUAAUUUUUUUUGAUAAGGAUGUCUUAGAAAUUUAGAUGUGAAUUCUAUUAAAUGCCUAAUGCGAAACUUCUGCACUGUGCUUUGAGGAAACGUAUCUGCUGCUGCAGCAUUGCAAUGUUCAACUAAGUUUUUUAUACCAGAAACUAAUUCCCAAGAUCUCAAAUUCA